CGCCGGAGAGGGCCCGGCCGAAGUGCCCGCUGUCGGCCGGGAAGAGUCGGGGCAGUGUAGGCCGAAGCGACGGCCGGCCAGACCAAGGCCAACACCGGCUGUGUGGAGCGGGUCCAGCCACCGGACGGGCUGAGGUUCAGCGGCUUCCCGCCAUUGCUCAGUGCAACAAGUGCGUUCGGUUCCACAGCUGGCCACUUGUGUUCGCGCCGCCUGCGGGGCUCUGUGCCGCCAGCUGUGUGGAUCGGGUCCAGCCGCCUGGUGAGCUGAGGUUCAGCGGCCAUCCGACCCUGCUCAGCGCCGCAGGAUGUCUCACUGCGUGGCGAUGCUGGCGCUGUCUCUGGUACUUCUGGAGGUCAGCUGCGGUUCGUGCGUCGCAGAGAAGCCUCUGGUUUUUGUCGUUCUAGACGGGUUCCGGUGGGACUACCAGGAGCUCCUGCCGGCCGGCCGCGAGGGCAGCUUCCACAUGCUGGAGACGAGCGGCGUGCGCGCCGAGUACGUGUUCCCCGUCUUCCCAUCCGUCUCCUACGCCAGCUGGACGUCGAUCGCGACCGGACGCUGGGUGGAGACGCACGGCAUCUUGGGCAACAACUUCUUCGACCACGAGCUGGGGCCAUUCAUGCUGUACAACAAGUCGCUGACGGGUCUGCCGGCCUGGUGGAACGCCGGCUCGGAGCCCAUCUGGACGACGGCCACCCGGCAGCGGGUUAAGACGGCCGUCAUCGGUUUCUCCCGAUGUGACGUGCCAGUGUCCGGCGUGAAGCCGGCCUUCUGCCGCCGAUUCGAGAAGCUUCCCAGCAGGGAAGAUAUGAGGGAUCACUUCAAUAUGGCUCUAAGGAAGCUCGAGGAAGGUUUCCAGUUUGUUAUCGUAUACGCCGAGUAUGUGGACACCCUCGGCCACUACCAAGGGCCGGAGAGCAGGAAGAUGCUCUCCGCCAUCCGCGGUGUGGACGAGGAGCUGGCGGCAUUCUUCGACGGACUUCGGCGCCGACGCCUCCUGGACAAGGUGAACUUUGUCAUGGCGUCUGACCACGGCAUGACAGAGAUCGGAGAGCAGGUCGCCACCAACUACAUCUACCUGGACCUGUACCUGUCACCGCUGCUAGCCGAGCGCAUCAUCGAGAGGGGGGCCUUCACCCAGAUCAUUCCGCUGCCUGGCCGGCGAGACAUGUUGCUAGAGGAGCUGGAGAGAAUGCCGAACGUGACGGUGUACACCAAGGGCGAGUUUCCGGAGGAGUGGCACUACUCCGACCACCCCAGGAUUCCCGAGAUCAUGGUCCUGGCCGAUCCAGGAACGGUCAUCAUGGGGCCCCAGACGGAGAACACGCUGCCCCGUGACCCGGCCGGUGCCUGGGACCAGGUCCGCGGCAUUCACGGGUACACACGCAAUCACACCGACAUGAGGACGAUCUUCUAUGCCAUGGGCCCAGAUUUCAAGGAUGGCUACCGGCAGCCACCAAUGGAGCUGAUCGACACGUACCAGGUGCUGGCGCACGUGCUGGACAUCGAACCGCAGCCCCACAACGGCUCCUGGGAGCGCGUGCGGGACAUGCUGUCGCCGGCGGCGGCACCGAGUCCGUCGCUAGGCGGCGCUGCGGUUCUGCCGCUGGUGGCGCUGGCGGCUGGCAGCCUGAUGACGGCAUGCUGAAGGAGGACUUGCAGCUGAUGACGGCAUGCUGAAGGAGGACUUGGCAGACUGAUGACGGCAUGCUGAAAGAGGACUUGUCAGCCUGACAGCGGCAGGUUGAAGGAGGAAUUGGCAGCCUGACAGCGGCAGGCUGAAGGAGGACUUGGGAAGGGAAACGACGGGACGGGCAGGGAUGCAGCCGUGCAUGUUGCGGAGGGGCGGAAUGCGGGCAUUAUGCCUGCAUUCCGCAUGGACAGGGGCGGGGAAGGGGUUCACGCACAGCCUCGAGAAAAUAUACCAGGCUGGAAGCGUUCGGUGAGGCAAUGGUGCGCUGGGGCGUGACUCACCGCGUUCGCUUUGUAGCAUAAGUGUGACUUUUUACAAUUCGUUAUCGCCGGAAAUCAUCACAAGGAUCACCGUAGAGAGCUGAGACUAGCUGCAACAGCAUGAGAUGGCGGAGACUUGGCCAAUUUCUUGCUCAGUAGCGAAGCCAUUUUACGUCACUUUUACACACAAAUCUGCGUCCAUGAGACCACUGUGGAUGGCUGAGCGUCUAGUUGCGCAAGUACUUCCCGCCUCUUCGUCGCGUAACAUCAGUUCCCCGCAUCACACGCCUGCUUUAUCAGCCCUGUCACACCUUAUCACUCCCGAGGUAUGUUGUGUGUGCCCCAGCGCAGAGCCAAAGGUCGCUGCCGGACUGAGACAAGCGAGACUCCAGCUGAAAGGUCCACUCCGUUAUUUGAUUCUGGUGUGUGAUGCGUAAUACAACUGAAUGGACAGAACAGGCAUGCAUGUGUUGAAUGUGU